AUAAUAAUAAAUUGUAAAUAUGGGCCGUGGUGGAAGCACUUGAGUGGUUGGAUCUUCGAUGUGAUUUAGCUGACAAUAUUUCUAUAUAAAUGGAAAUCUUUUAGAUCUCCUCAUUCUUCGCCAUUUCCCUCACGGCCUCUCUGCUUCAUCUAUCUUUUAUCUAAUAGCUCAAGACCCAAAAAGGAUAUCGAACAAUGGUGAAGAUCUGUUGCAUCGGAGCCGGAUAUGUUGGUGGGCCAACAAUGGCAGUUAUUGCACUAAAAUGCCCAGAAAUUCAAGUAGCUGUUGUGGAUAUUUCAGUGCCAAGAAUAAGUGCCUGGAAUAGUGAUACUCUCCCCAUAUACGAGCCAGGGCUCGACGAGGUGGUGAAGAAAUGCAGAGGAAAGAACCUUUUCUUUAGCAGUGAUGUGGAGAAGCAUGUUUCUGAGGCUGAUAUAGUGUUUGUUUCGGUUAACACACCCACCAAAACUCAAGGCCUUGGUGCUGGGAAAGCGGCUGAUCUCACGUACUGGGAGAGUGCGGCUCGUAUGAUCGCCGAUGUAUCCAAAUCCAACAAGAUUGUGGUUGAGAAGUCGACCGUCCCUGUUAAAACUGCCGAGGCAAUUGAGAAAAUUUUGACACACAAUAGCAAAGGCAUCAACUUUCAGAUUCUCUCCAACCCUGAAUUCCUUGCUGAGGGAACUGCAAUCCAGGACCUAUUUGAACCUGACCGUGUUCUCGUAGGAGGCAGAGAGACCCCAGAAGGUCAAAAGGCUAUUAAGGCAUUGAGGGAUGUUUAUGCUCACUGGGUUCCGAUGGACCGUAUCAUAUGCACCAACCUCUGGUCUGCUGAGCUUUCGAAGCUCGCUGCCAAUGCCUUCUUGGCACAGAGAAUCUCUUCUGUUAAUGCUAUGUCGGCAUUGUGUGAGGCCACUGGUGCUGAUGUGAGCCAAGUUUCUCAUGCUGUCGGGAAGGAUACGAGAAUAGGACCCAAGUUCUUGAAUGCUAGUGUUGGUUUUGGUGGAUCAUGUUUCCAAAAGGACAUUCUCAACUUGGUUUAUAUCUGUGAGUGCAAUGGGCUCCCAGAGGUAGCAAAUUACUGGAAACAAGUGAUAAAGGUGAACGAUUACCAGAAAACUCGCUUUGUGAACCGGAUUGUGUCCUCAAUGUUCAACACAGUUUCAGGGAAGAAGAUUGCCAUUCUUGGAUUUGCUUUCAAGAAGGACACUGGUGACACUAGGGAGACCCCGGCGAUCGAUGUGUGCAAAGGACUGUUGGGUGACAAGGCUAUGCUGAGCAUAUACGACCCUCAAGUCAGCGAAGAGCAGAUUCAGAGGGAUCUUUCGAUGAACAAGUUCGAUUGGGACCAUCCAGUUCAUCUUCAGCCGACGAGCCCGAGUUCCAUGAAGCAAGUUAGCGUUGUUUGGGAUGCCUAUGCGGCAACAAAGGAUGCUCAUGGGAUUUGCAUUCUGACAGAGUGGGAUGAGUUUAAAACCCUGGAUUACCAGAAGAUUUAUGAUAACAUGCAGAAGCCUGCAUUCGUCUUCGAUGGCCGGAACAUCGUGGAUGUAGCUAAGCUGAGGGAAAUCGGGUUUAUUGUCUACUCCAUUGGAAAGCCAUUGGAUGAAUGGCUAAAGGACAUGCCAGCGGUGGCAUAAGACUGUAUUCUGGACCAUGGUUGAGCUACAACUUUAUAAUCUCGAGGAAAACAUUAUCCGAUAGUAUGCUUUAUAACAUUCAUUUCUUUUAGAAUUAAGAUUAUGGUAUUUCAACUUAUAUUGGAUUACUUGGGAGUUGAAACAUUAGUGUCUGGAUCUGUCCUUAGCCACCACAGUAUCUGCUUUGUUAUUAGUUUAAUAUAAAAAAACAUUUACCAUUUAAUUUUA